AGUCUUGUCUCUAUUCUGCCCCCCAUUUCCCUUAUUUUGCCUUAAUCAUCUCUGAUAGUUCCCUCUUCCAAGUUUUCACUUCCAAUUCGAUCAAAAAACCCUUCUUUUUUUCCCUCAUCAAUCCACCAUGGGAGGAGGAAAUGGCCAAAAAUCCAAGAUGGCCCGUGAGAAGAACUUGGAAAAGCAAAAAGCUGCUGGCAAAGGAAGCCAGCUUGAGUCUAACAAGAAGGCCAUGUCCAUCCAGUGCAAGGUGUGUAUGCAAACAUUCAUGUGUACCACAACGGAAGUGAAAUGCCGGGAGCACGCUGAGGCGAAGCAUCCAAAGUCUGACGUGUACGCGUGCUUUCCUCAUCUUAAAAAAUAAACAUCUAAACUCCACAGAAAGAACGGAGAUGUCAAGACAGCUUGUAAUGCAUAUCAUCUAUCUAUGUUGUAUCUUGGUACUCUAUAAUUUAUCUUAAAUUCUCUUUCACAAGCCUGUAAAAAACUCACUAGCUGAUUUUAUUCGUGCAAACUUAAUGUUUGUGUUCAA